AAGCUUGCCCAGGCCAGUUAUAUCCUGCUGGGGAGAAAGAGGCGGGAAAUCCCUCCUUCCCCAGUUUCUGCCCUCAGGAGCGGCGGGCCCAAAGUGCGCCUUUGCGUCGCCAUGGCAACCCCUGAGGCGACGAGGGCAUGGCGGCCGAGGAGAAAGAAGCCACCGCCGCGGAAUCUGCAAUAGCAGAAAUUCAAAAGAAAAUCACAGAUGCUUUUGAAGUUUUUGACCAUGAGUGCAACAAAACUGUGGAUGUCAGGGAAAUUGGCACAAUCAUUAGAUCAUUAGGCUGUUGCCCAAGUGAGGGGGAUCUACAUGAUAUGCUUGCAGAGGUAGAAGAAGAAGAACCAACCGGAUUCAUUCGUUUGGAAAAAUUUCUUCCUAUGAUGACCAGAAUAUUAAUGGAAAGAAGAUACCGACCAAUUCCAGAAGAUAUUCUGUUGCGUGCAUUUGAGGUCUUAGAUCAAAAUAAAUGUGGACAUCUUACUAAGGAUGAGUUGAUCAAGUAUAUGACUGAAGAAGGGACAGGAAUUGUGUGCCCUCUCCAGAUGUUGUUGAGGUGUCACCCAGUGCAGUUAGUACUCUGUAUUCAUGGAUUCUACAUGGUUCCUGGAGCCAAACCAACAGAUACAUCGUUUUGCAGACAAAAUACAUUUUAUACCUGUGUAAUUUCCAGAUGAUAAAUUGAUCCUGAUUUGGGGGACAUAAUUGUUGUAUGUGUCAAAUCAGCUCUAAUACAGAAUUGAGAAUAUGCCUGUCUGUUUCCAAUAUAUUGAUUUAGCCUCUGACCUUCAUUAAUUUAGUAUUUUGACAUCACCAUUAUCAAGAAGCUAUUCCAUCCAUCUCUUUGUCACUUUGUGUUAUAGACUCUGUUAUGGUGAAGUAGUGUUUAACUGAUCUAUGUACCAGCAACCCCACAGAAGAAUUUGGUCCAGUAGAUUUGAUCUUCUGGUGGACCAGAUAGUUAUAUCAGUCUAUGAUGUUAUAAAUUAUAUAAAGUUGAGGAAAAGACAAGAUAUACAUUGAUUGAUUGAUUGAUUGAUUGAUUGAUUGUUGAGAUAUGACAGGAGUGGACAGCUCUCCAGAUGCUGUUAAAUAACAACUCCCAUCAGUCCUUGCCAGCACAGCCAAGGAUGAGGGAUCAUGAGAACCACAGUAAUGACACAUGGAUAGACAAAUAGACAGUAUGUUUGAAUAAAAAACGAAACAUAAAUAAGAAGAAAAAAAGAAAAGUAUUUUCAUUAGAAUGUCCCUUGAUAUAAUACAUUUGGAUGCUGUGUCUUCUAUUAUGUUGAAGUGCUGACUUAAGUUCCCAGAUGGGUUGUUGAAGCAGACUAUAUAAACAACUGCAUCAGGCAAUUGCCAAGCUCCUCUGCAGUCAAUGCUUCUUGAAAAUUGAAAGUGUGCCAUUUACUGUUACUUUUUCUCUAUUCUUUCAAUAUGUAACCAUGGAAUUUAUAAAUUGAUUUGUUUUAAUGUCACAGAGCAAGACAAUAUUUUGGAGUUUUUAUUUGUUAGAAAAUACUAGUUGUGUUGUGGCUCAUAAUUGGCAUUGCAAAAGAAAACUAGUUAAAGUCCCUCUAACAUAAGGUGAACAAUUGGGGCAAGUUAAGUGACCAUGUUGAUGUUAUGGGACCCUCCAGGGAGGGGCUACAUGGACAAUUAAUAACAAUAAAACAAAUACCCCAAUGUUGGAAAUAGCAACCUACCAAGCUGCUCACUAUUUAUUUGUUAAUGUAUACAUUUAGUAGCCUGAGUUCUAUAUGUAUGUUGAUUUGACUCCUCGGUGUGGGAGGAGUUGUAGACAUGAUUGUACUGGGCAUGCACAGACUCAGAACUCCAUUUUGUAUUCAGUAUCUGUUUAGACCUCAGAAGAGGUGGAUGCAUACAAGUUGCUAUUUGGACUUCAGUGGAGAAGUCAGUUUAGAAACUUCAAUAUUUACUUAUGGACUUCAGUAAGCAUAGUUAUACUAAAGACUAUGGACUAUUGAUUAAGACUGAUACCCUGUGUUCUCAACAAAGAGAACAACUAUAUCCUAUCUGUAAUUGAACUUUAUUAAGAAAUGUGCCAGUAUGGUGAAUUAAUGCAAGAUAAGUUAUUUUUCAAAGAAGACUUUGUUUUUAUCUCUGAGUGCAUAUUUUAACUAAGAGCUUUAAAGGGAGUGUAUAUCUUUUGGAUAACUUCAACUGUUUGCUAAAGGUGGUCUCCACAUAUUAAUGGAGAUUCAUAUUUGCCAAAAGGAUAUGUGCCCUUAGACUGGGUGCAGUUGUCGCACCUCAGCGUUAGUUCACCUUGCUCCAACACACAAACUCCACCACAGCAGGCUUGAGUCUUUUCAGUUUAUUGAAGAAAGAUAGCAAAACUUAUUAAAAAGCAGAAAAAUAAGUAAAAACCAAUUGCAAGUGCAAUCCUUAAACACAGUUCAAUAAUUUCGUAGAUAUUAGUCCAAAAUCCAGGAAUAGCACAGGAAAUCCAAGGUAACAUGAAUACAUGAGCUUCAAAAGUAAUCCAAACACAGAUUCGAGGCUUGAACAAGGCAAGAGUUGAUUCUCCAAAAGCGAGGUUGCUCUGACUAAAAUCUCUCCCCAGAAACAUCUACUUUAAAACCUCAUUGCAAUUGAAAAACAUAUUCCUUUGAGCUCUACCCCCCCCCCCCCCCACGCUUGCCUCUGAUUCUCACGGAGCAUCUGAGUCCUGAUUUUAAUUUCAACCUGGAAUCCCUAUCUAACACAAACUCAUCCUCUUCGUUCCCAUCUCCAUUCUGUUGACAAUUCUCAGAUUCAAGUGAAAGGUCAUCCUUAUCGCAAACUUUGGCAGCAUCUCUGCUAGACUCAGAGGCAUCCACAGACCUCUGUUUUUCUAAGCUAUCAACACUUUCCGAAUCCACCUGCACUUCAGAAACAUCAACAUUCCCAGGGACAGACUGCUGUUCAAACUGCAUUUCAGAAACGUCCACAUUCCCAGGGACAAACUGUUGUUCCCCAAAUCCCCUUUCUUCAUCAUCAGGCUGAACCACAAUAGCAAUUAUGUUCCAAUAGCUUAUGCAAUAAUAUGUUUUGCAAUAGGUUAUGGAAUGUCCAAUACCCAAAGUGUGCAGAAGUCAAGUCCUAUUUCUAAAAAAGAGAGGGGGUGGUGGUACUUUUUAUGUAAAACAGUAUGGGGAGGACUUGCAACCUUUUUCAAACCUAUUUACAGCUGAAGGCUGCACCUGAACCCCCCCCCCCCCCCAAAAAAAAAGCUGGUCUGAGAAUGGUAGAAUGCUAGGGGACACAAAACUAAUUUUACUAAAGACAACUUUAUAUACAAAUCAUGACAGUAACAUAAUUGAUGGAUACAGUAAUGAAACAAAAUACAUAGAUUCACAACUAAAAGCUCAAAAAUAUUUUCUUUUAAAACCUUUUUGAAUAUUUUAGAAACACCUUUCUUCAUCUGGUGGUUUUCCAUCUAUAGUAGGUAAUUUGGGCCAAGAUUGUUUGAGGUUAUGGGAGUUGUAGUCCAACCAUCUGCAUGGUACCAUUGCACUCAGGGAAAUGCUGUUGUAGAAGAUAAUUCACCUUCUUCUUCCUAAUCUGAUAAUUGCACAACUGGCCUGCUAAAGAAUUACAGCCUUUUAAAGUCAUUUGGCAAUUAUCCAGCCAAUCUUGCCAUUAGCAGAAGUCCAUUAUAGGGCUAUCAAGCUUCCCACAAGGAAUAGUAGAAGCUAUUUUAAUGAUCUUUCUGAAAGAGUGCAGAGCUUUUGGCAUAUCUGCACUCUUUCCUCCCCGGGCACACCUCAAUCUUCUCUUACAUGUAAAAUACUUCUAUUCACUUAGCAAUUGCAUCCUAAACCAAGUUGUAGUGAAAAUUUCAUCUUCUGUAUUUCUAAUUCGGUGAUCCGGAAGCUCAAAUUGGUGCAAAAUGCAGCUGCCCGGCUCCUUGCGGGAGUCCCAAUAAGAUGCCACAUAACACCAAUCUUACAGCAGCUGCACUGGUUACCAAUUGAGCACCGGAUCACUUUCAAAGUGAUGGUGCUUACCUUCAAGGCCUUACAUGGUCUAGGGCCAAUGUACCUGAGGGACCGCCUCACUCCCUACAAACCCCAGAGAUCCCUCCGUUCUAAGGACCAAGACCUGUUGGAAGUCCCCAGUUUCAAGACAUCUAACAACAACCAGACGCAGAGCCUUUUCAGUAGUGGCGCCAUCUCUCUGGAACACCUUGCCACCUGAAGUUCGUGCCUUGCGGGACUUGUCGGCCUUCCGCAGGGCAUGUAAGACACAUCUGUUUCGGCAGGCUUUUGAGUUCUGUUGUUGAUGUUUUAAAAGGUGCUUUUAGGAUGUUUUUUAAGAUGUUUUUUAAAGAUGUUUUUAAGAUGUUUUUUACAUUGUUGAUUUUAGCUGGUUCUUGUAAGCCGCUCCAAGCCCUAGGGGAGUGGCGGCAUAUAAGUUUGAAAAAUAAAAUAAAUAAAUAAUUUCCUCAUGCCCGGAGGCAAAAUACAUGCAUGUAUGAGACUGAAAUAAAAGACAUGAAAACAAAAUAAAUAAAUAACCCCUAUUCAGUGCUGUUGCUAAACCAAGCCCCAAGGGGACAUCUACACUGUGAGAACACUUUAAUUGUCAUGACUUAAUGCUAUGGAGUCAUGCAGGCCCGAAGCCAGGAUUUUGAAGCCCCUCAAGCCCCCCCCCCCCCCCCCCGCAGCUAUAUGCCUGGAGUCAUGGAAGGUAUAGUUUGGUAACACACCAGUACUUUUUGGUAGAAAAAGCUAGAGGUUUUGUAAAACCACAAUUCCCAUUAUUCCAUAGCAUUAAAACAUGAUAGGUAAAGUGGUGUCAAAAUGCAUUAAUUCUACGGUGUUGAUGUAUUACAAGUUAUUGUAAGAAAAGGGGGUAUACUGGGUUGUUGUGAGUCUUCCGGGCUGUAUGGCCAUGUUCUAGAAGCAUUCUCUCCUGACGUUUUGCCCACAUCUUCAGAGGAUUAUGGGUCCCCCUGGGGGAGAAUAGUGGUAUAUAAAUUAAAUAAAUUAAUAAAAACUUCAGGAGAUAAUGCUUCUAGAACAUGGCCAUGCAGCCCGGAAGACUCACAACAACCCAGUGAUUCUGGACAUGAAAGCCUUUGACAACAUAAAGGAGGUAUAAUAGUAGUCACAUUCUCUGAAAGGUGGAGAAAAAAUGCCUGUCAACCAAUAGGAACCAAAAUUUUAUAUGUGCCUGAUGAAAUGGAGUAAAAUCCACAAAAGCUUAUGCUAGAAAUGUCUUCCUCUCAGUCCCAAAGGUGCUUUAUGCGGAUGCAGACUAACACAGUUUGGGGUUAUGCCAUAGAAGACUCAGGUUAUUCCCACAGUGUUCACUACUAUUUCAUCCUGGAAGUUUAGCCUACUUUACUUGGCCUGUGUGAAACAGUCUCAGACAUUAUUAGCUGUGCAAAAAAUUGCUAUUCUCAAGACAUCUCUCAUUUCUGGGAUAUCUCUAUACCAUUCUCUGUUUUGAAAUUUCCAUGACAGUGAACAUUUCUUCAUAUUCUUUUGGCAAUUCCCUGUGACAAAGCAAUGUUUAAAGAGGUUGACUCAUGAGAAAUGAGUGACGAUUAGAGAGAUUGUUCUUGGGGAAGCCUUUCAUUCUCUCAGAUACACACCUGCAGUUAUAGCUAGGUUUCUUGUGACGAAGACUCUGAAAUGUCUUCCAGGAACCCAAAUAUAUGCGAAGUCAUGUAUGAAAUCCAUACUGAAUUGCCCCGAAGGAAUUGCGACAGGAGAAUGUUAAAUGGACAAUGGCAAUGAUAUGAAACACCAAGUUUAUCACUGCAACAUUUUCAUCUGAAACAGAGGGCAUGUGGCCAAGCAAUAUCCAUAUGCCGGAUUUCGUAUCACAAAAUCACAAGUCGAACACUUCCCAAGCGUCUAAGACUGUUUGAUGUAUUUUCGGAUGAUGCGCGCAGAUUUUAUUUAUUAUUAUUAUUUUUAUUAUUAUUAUUAUUUCUACAACCCUGUUUGCUAGUACACUAUUAAUUUCCUGGUAUUUCCUCAGCACACUUGGCUGUUUGUUAAUGUGCUGUUUGAGCUGUCUGCAAAAUGGUACUUGCGAGGUCUAUUUCUAAAAUAUUUCUUGGUUCAUAGUGAUUUAAAAGGUCACUUAUAGGUAUUUUGAAGGACCAUAUGUGGCAUCCGAGAUUGUGGUUGUGUCAGAGAAAAGUUCUACACGGUGACCAACGUAACAACAAGGUAUCUCGGUUUGCAUUCCUUGUUUCGGUGUUUGGAACACCUUCUUCAGGGAGUUGAUUCUUCUCUGUACCUUUAGAUAUAGCUUAGUAUUCCAGUAGAAGAUAAAUCUCUGGCACUAUAUUUACAUGUAUAAAAAGAACAACAACAUACAUAAAAUAGAUAUACAAAAGCACCCCAAUUUUUGGGCUAUAUUAACAUUAAAUCAAUACAUAACUGAAUACAAAAUAAUGUUCUCAUGACUUACAUUUCAUUAGGCAAUCACUGACUCUGCUGUAGGGUAUUCUAUGGUGAGCAAUUGCUCAUAAUCCUAGUCGACCUUAAGUACAUGUUAAAGCUAACAAGUGAAAUCAAAUUUGUUGUUAAGGCCCUGAGGAACCAGAGUUUGGAAUUUAAAGAUUCAGAAAGUAGUUUCUUCAUAUCUAAAUGAGGUUUGGUGUGUAAUUUUUCCAAAGCACAAAAUUUGAAACAAUGACUUCAAGGUGUUUUCUCCCUAAAGUGUGUGUAUACGGUGGUGUCAGUAUUUCCAUUCUUAAUACGGGAGCGGUGUUUAUACAUUCUAAUUUUUAGGGGCCUCGUUGUCAUACCAAUAUAUAGAAAGUCGCUACUUCUCCAAAAUAUUUUGUAUAUCUAUAUAUAUAAAAGAGUGAUGGAAUCCCGGCGACCGACAAAACAACAAAACUACAGGCCCCACAACCUCGAAAUUUGACAACACAACCCAUCAUCCACACCUCUAGGUUGAUACAACAAAAAGAAAAGAAAAAUAAAGUCCUAAUUAGAGGGAGAGGAAUAAUUGUUUUUACCCAAUUGCUGCCAGUUAGAAGGCUAAGCUCCACCCACUUGGUCUCCUAGCAACCCACUCAGCCCAGGAGACAGGCAGAGUUAGGCCUCACUUAGGCCUUUCCACAGAUUAUCUAAUUUGCACUGGAUUAUAUGGCAGUGUAGACUCAAGGCCCUUCCACACAGUUAUAUAACCCAUUUAUAAUCUUAUAUUAUCUGCUUUGCACUGGAUUAUCUUGACUCCACACUGCCAUAUAAUCCACUUCAAUGUGCAUUUUAUACAGCUGUGAAGAAGGGGCCUCAUAUAAACCAGUUCUAAGCAGAUAAUAUAAGAUUAUCAAUAUACAGUAGAGUCUCACUUAUCCAACAUAAACAGACCGGCAGAACGUUGGAUAAGUGAAUAUGUUGGAUAAUAAGAAGGGAUUCAGGAAAAGCCGAUUAAACAUCAAAUUAGGUAAUCAUUAUACAAAUUAAGCACCAAAACAUCAUUUUAUGCAAAAAUUUGACAGAAAAAGUAGUUUCAUGCGCAGUAAUGCUAUGUAGUAAGUAUUGUAUUUACAAAUUUACCACCAAAAUAUCACAAUGAAUUUAAAACACUGACUACAAAAGCAUUGAUUACUAAAAGUUAAAAGGUUGUGCAUUUAAGUAAAUCAGAUCUAAUUUGCCAUAUAGUCACUGUUGAAUGUUUUUAUGUUGAAUGUUUUUAUAUUGUGGAAUGAUAUUUUAAAUUGUAAGUCGCUCAGAGCACCAUCCAGGUUCUUCUCGGUCACAUGGCGUCCACAGUUCUGGUCACCCCCUUUGCCAGACUGCGCCUCAGACCCCUACAAAGGUUGUUCAUAGACAUUUUCAAGCCAUUCCGCCACUCCAGUUCGAGGUUCCUCUUGAUACCAGCUCACGUCCACCGGUCCCUUCUCUGGUGGAAGUCUCGAGCCAAUGUCUGCAAAGGACUACCAUUCCACCGUGCUCUCCCGUCGGUCACCAUAACCACCGACUCAUCGAACUACGCCUGGGGAGCUCACAUGGAUGGCCUCACAAUUCAAGACCUCUGGUCUCCCUUCGAGAGGGGCCACCACAUAAAUUUUCUAGAACUCCUCACCAUUUUCAAGGCCCUGAAAGCUUUUGCCCGCUUGAUACUUCACAAGACUGUCCAGAUUCAAACAGACAACACAGUGGCGAUGUUCUACAUCAACAAACAGGGUGGCACGGGUUCAAGAAAGCUGAUGUCUCUUUUCUCUCCAGAUCUGGCAAUGGUGCAUAGCCCACAACGUCUCUAUAGUGGCACUCUACCUCCCAAGCCUCCAAAACGGCCUAGCCAACGCUCUGAGCAGGAUGACGAGCUCCUCCCACGAGUGGCAGCUCGACCCCGACACUCUCCACUCUCUCUUUCAUGACUGGGGAUGGCCGACCCUAGACCUCUUCGCUUCUCCUCAAAACGCGCAGCUACCUCGAUACGGAGCGAGACUUUCUCCGGCUUCAUUUCCCAGGUGCCUCGGGGAUGCCUUUCUUCUGGACUGGUCGAUGGAACCUCUCUACCUGUUCGCUCCGUUCCCUCUGAUACCAAAGGUGUUGGAGAGGCUCUGCCUUGCCUCAGCUACGGCGAUCCUAAUAGCUCCAGCUUGGCCGUGCCAACCGUGGUAUCCGGCUCUUGCUCAUCUCUCCAGGGGGACUUUUCGCUCUCUUCCGUCUCUCCUUCACCUCUUGACCAGGCAGAACGGGCAAAUUCUUCACCUGGACAUCUCUUCUCUCCAUCUCACUGCAUGGAGGAUUCUCGCCUGAGCUCCCUCCAUCCAAACCUCCAGGCGGUUCUCCACGCAGCCCACAAGCCUGCUACGACCAAGGCCUACACCUACAAGAUCUCUCGAUUUUGUACCUUUCUUUGGUCCCGAAACAUCGACUCUUUCCCAACCCAGAUACCGGUGGUUCUGGACUUCCUCUUUACCCUCGCAAAGCAAAAGCUGUCUCUGGCCUCUAUGAAAUCCUAUCUGGCUGCCCUGUCUUGGACAUGGCCAGCCUUCCCUGUUUGCAGACUAUCUCAUAAAAACCUUUUUGAGGGGCUACAAUAACCUCUGCCCACCAGCGCAGCCACCGACACCCUGUUGGAGCCUUGAGCUCGUGUUGUCCCAACUCACGUCCUCCCCUUUCGAAUCGCUAGCCUCAGAAGACCUGACUUGCUUUCAUGGAAGGUAGCUUUCUUGGUUGCAGUUACUUCGGCCUGUAGGCCCUCUGAACUGGCGGCUCUUAGAGUGGACGAACCUUAUCUUCGCUUCCAUCACGAUCAGGCCAUCCUCCGUCCGGACAUCACCUUUCUUCCUAAGGUGGUCUCUACUUUUCACCUUAACUAAGACAUUGUGCUCUUGGCUUUCUUUCCUAACCCUUCGUCUCCACUGGAACGGAGACUUCACCUACUAGAUGUUAGGAGAGCUCUUCUUUUUUAUAGGGAUAGGAUUAGAGCAACGCGCAAGACGCCGAGACUCUUUGUCACUUAUGCCCCGGACAAACUGGGUAACCCAGUUUCCUCCCAGAGGCUCUCUCACUGGAUUGUGCAAGCCAUUGAACUUGCUUACCAGCUGGCUAAGCGCCCUCCUCCGUUGGUCCGCCCAAGAUCGAUGAGGGGCCUCUCUAACUCGACUACCUUUCUCAGGGGCAUCCCUCUCGACUCUAUAUGCAGGGCAGCGAUCUAGUCAAACCCCUUAACAUUUGUCUCCCACUAUAGAAUGGACUCUUAGGCCCAAAAGGACUUGGAUUUCGCCAGAUCGUUCUUGUCUUCCUGCCUGUCUUAAGGGGCCUUGUUCCCCUUACGGGGGACUUACCUUCUCAAAAAAAAAGGGAGGGGGGUAGAAAGAAAGAGAAACCUCACCAAGUGUUAUUAUUUGUUUGAAAUGUUUUGUUUCUAUGCCACUUUUCGAUGUUUAUGUGUUUAUACUGUAUUGAAGCAUUACUUAUAUCGCUCUUCUUCUGUCCCCCUACUGCAAUGUAAGUUAUCCGUUUACCUUUUUGUCCUAUUUUAGGGAUGGGUUACGCCUUGUUUCUCCUGUUGGAGAUAUUUUUAUUUCUAAUUGCACUUAUCUCCUGCCCAUACCGGUGGCCAUGAUGCGGGGAAAUGCAUUUUCACACAGUCAUGCCUUGCGUUGUAUGCACUGGGUCAAUGUUUUGACCUUGUUCUGCAUUGUGCCUUAUUUCCUUUUUUACCAAAUAAAUAUUGGGUUUGGACAUUCAA